AUGAGAAGAAGGCGAGCGACGAGUUGACAUCCAUUUCCUUCCUUUUUUCUCUAAUUUACUCAAUGAAAAAGGUGAUGCUCGACGUGUAAAGGGGACGCGAUGGAGAGGGACUUGCCGAGUGACAGGUUCAUGGAACUCGACGCUGGUGAUGAUGACGCUUUGCUGAUCCAGAGAAUCGACUCGAAUGAGAUUAUCUAUUGUCCACCCAAGAGGAAAUAUAAGCUGGUUGGGAAAUAUGUUAUGGGAGACAAGCUGGGCGAGGGAAGCUACGGCAAAGUCAAAGAAUGUCUCGACUCAACCACUCUACAACGCAGGGCAAUUAAAAUCAUGAAAAGGAAGACCCUCAGAAGGAUUCCAAACGGCGACCAAAACGUCCAGCGGGAAAUCAGGCUCCUGCGAAGGCUAAGACAUCACAAUGUUAUUAGUUUAUAUGAUGUUUAUCACAACGAGGCAAAAGGCAAGAUAUACAUGGUCAUGGAGUUUUGUGUUACGGGGUUACAAGAAAUGCUUGACAGAUCAAAAGACAAAAAAUUUCCCAUCUGGCAAGCAAACAAAUAUUUUGUACAGCUGGUAGAGGGACUAGAAUACUUGCACAGCCGAGGUGUAGUGCACAAAGACAUUAAACCUGGCAACCUCCUUCUUACCUCUGAUAAUAUGCUCAAGAUUUCAGAUUUUGGUGUUGCUGAGCAACUGGACGUGUUAGCAGGCAAAGACGAGAUCACAACCAGUCAAGGGUCUCCACUGUUCCAGCCACCCGAGGUUGCAGGUGGAGCUCGAGUGUUCUCUGGCUUUAAAGUGGAUGUUUGGAGUGCUGGUUGUACUCUGUAUAACCUGACAAGUGGGAAAUACCCUUUCGAAGGGGAGAAUAUGUUUCGGCUUUUUGAAAACAUUUGCGAGAAGCCUUUAGUCAUGCCAGAGGAGCUGGACCCCGUUCUCAAGACACUGCUUGAAGGAAUGCUGAGAAAAGAGCCCAGCGAACGGCUAUCCCUGAAUUUGGUCAAGUCUCAUGAUUGGUGCUGCAAGAAACAUCCCCGAACAGAGGAAGAAGUGUCUCUGGGUGGAGAUGAUGAUCGUCACAGCAUAACCAUAGUUCCUUACCUCCGGUCAAAUUACUAUGACUCCGAGUCAGAAGAGGAACUCUUCACGGAACACCAGCUCAAUGAAUCAAGAAACCAAGCAGAAUGCAAGUCAGAAAUGUCAGGCACAGACCUUCAAGAAACACGUGGGGCUCACACAAAGCGAAGAAGACGUAAACCUACCUCAUGUAUUAGUGUCAAAUCCAUUACCUCCUGCAAACAGUCUUGACACUGCACAUGCAUACCCUACUGAUGUUGGUACUGGCUGAGCUUCUGCUGGAGGCUUAGGGUAUAAAGCUUAGGAGGAGGAACUUCAUCUAUGGCCUUGUAUAUCGUGCACGAACAUCAUCGAUCUGAGUACAUUUGUUUCUCCUCAGAUUUUCAUCACCUUCAUUAUCAUUUUUGUGAAACUUCACUCCUUUGUCAUGAUCAUGAUGCAAAUACUUGAAGAAAAAGGAAUCCAGUAUGUAAAAGGUCAUAUAAUAAAAGAGUAAUCCUAGGACAGUCUGGGAGAGUACGUGUGAAUUUUGCAUGUGUAGGCAUGCAUGAGUGUGUGUGGGUCUGUGUGAGUGAAAAGAUUUGUGGAUAAAAAUAGUGUUCAGCUUAUGCCAGGUUAUAUAUACCUUAGAAAGGUUGAUUCAGGUGCAGAGUGGGACCAGGACUGUGACAGAUGAUGUCAAAUGGGUAAUUAUUGAGGAUGUAGGUCUGGGAUUUGUUUUUCAGGUUAGUAGUGGGUGUGCCCACCAGAAGUUGUAGGGAAAGACUCUGUAUAUCUUUAUUGUCUACUCUUCCCUCCCCCCUCUGAACACCUUUUCUCUCUCUCUCUCUCACUCUAUCUCUCUCUUUCUCUCUCUCUCAUAUUCUCUCUUUCUC